UUCAUAUGAGGUGGGUUGUAACAUGCAGCUUAAUUAGUGCUUUUAUUGUAAAAAGAAAUAAAGUGUAUUUAACAUGCGUCUAACCGACUUCUCUCAUAAGACUGAAAAUUGAUGAGUUCAUGAUUCUAAUAACAAGUUAAUGUGUUUUGAAGGUGGAUAAUUCAAAUAUUUUAUAUUAAUUUUAAUUAUAAGUGAGCAAUAUAUUGGUACUACUAGUAUUAAAUGUGAUAGUCUAAUUUAAUAGAUGAAAAGAGAUUUUAUAAAUAAAUAAGGAUAAUCUUAUUUAAAAUGUAUAAUAAUUAUUACGGUUGAAUAUGAGUACAUUCCCUCUGUCCUGAAUAAUUUGCAUUAAAGAGAAAAUUAUUAUUUUUUAAGAAAAAGGUGGAUAAUGGUAAUAAAUGAAGAGAGAAAAUGAAUUAUCUGGAUGAAAUUGAAAGAGAGUUAAAAUGUAUAGAUGAGAUUAAAAAGAAGUGGUGGACCAUAGUCUAAAAAUAAAAAUGAUGCAAAUUAAGAGAGACGGAUAAAAAUGGAAAAUGCCGCAAAUUAAAUGGGAGGGAGAGAGUAUAUAACUAAAAUUAUAAAAUAUGAUAAAAAAAAAUUAAUUUUAAAUAACAAAUGAGAAUAUCAAAAAAUACAAUAAGAAAGAGAGGGUUAUAAGAUAUUAGAGACCAAGUCAAAAACCCUAAAUCUAUAUUCUUAAUUCUAUACAUACAAGAAGUCAACAUUUUCAAAGUUGACCAAGUUGUUAGUACUACAUUUGUUGAUUAGAUUACACUAUAUAUAACGACGCCAACAACCUUAUUUUCAACACCAACAAACACAUCCAUUACUCGCAAACAUUCAAAAAUCCAAAAGAAUUUCUAACAUGAUUUCUUUACAAACAUCAUUUUCUACAUAUUUUCAACCUUCUCCGAACAAAUUUCGGGUCAUUAUUGGUGCUUCGAAAUACCUCAAAACCCCUAGAAUUAUAGUCCCGAAAUUCCCAAACCAUAUUGAAAAACAACUUAUUGAGUUAAAUAAGCUUAGUUAUAAUAAUCUCCCAUUAAAUCACGAAACAUUACCAACUACUAAAGAUAUUGUAACUAUAAAACUAUAUGCAAUCCUAGAAGCUGUAAGUGAUAGAAUAGAAAUGCACCAAAAUAUCGGUGAACAACGAGAUAAUUGGAAUUCUUUGUUGUUGAACUCGGUUAACAUGAUCACUCUAACCGCAGCCACCAUGGCUGGUUUAGCUGAUGUUAGUGGAUCCCACGCGGUAGAACUGAAGGUGUCCUCAACCUUACUGUUUCUUGCGGGAACAGGGAUUAUUACGAUAAUGAAUAAGAUUCAACCUUCUCAGCUCGCGGAAGAGCAGAGGACCGCAGUCAGACUGUUCAAGAAGCUUCGAACUAAGAUUCAAACAGCUCUCGCUAUUAGAAAACCGUUACAGAAAGACAUAGAUGAUGCAAUGGAAAAAGUUUUAGCAUUGGAUAGAGCGUAUCCAUUGCCUCUUUUAGGUGCCAUGAUCGAGAAGUUUCCAGAAGGUUUAGAGCCUGCGAAAUGGUGGCCGUCACAUUUAACAAGUGAGGAAUGUAAGGGAGGUUUGAUGGGUAGUGGGAAAAAUGGGUGGAGUAAAGAGUUGCAAGAUGAUAUUAGGGAGAUUGUAAGGGUAAUAAAGAGUAAAGAUGUUGAAGAUUAUGUUAGAUUAGGGAACAUGGCAUUGAAGCUUAACAAAAUGUUGGGUGUUACAGGGCCUAUUCUGACAGGAAUAGCAGCUGUUGGGGCUGCUUUUGUGGGCCAUGGUGGGCCAUGGGCUGGGAUUGUGGCGGCCGCGGCUGGGUCCAUGGCUGUUGUGGUGAAUACUAUAGAGCAUGGUGGGCAAAUAGGAAUGGUGUUUGAGAUGUAUAGGAAUUGUGCUGGGUUUUUUAGGAUGUUAGAAGAGAAUGCUGAGCGUACCUUAGAAGAGGAAGAAUUAGAGAAGAGAGAAAAUGGUGAGGUAUUUGAGAUGAAAAUGGGUUUGAAUUUGGGAAGAAGUUUGAUUGAACUUAGGGAAUUGGCUGAUAAAUCAAGGAGAAAUGGAGGGUCUGUUGAUGAGUUUGCAAGCAAGCUGUAUUAAUUAACUUUUGAUGAUUAGAGUAUUAGUUAUUGUUAAUUGUAAUUAGGAUUUAGGAAUUAUUUCAUUCUUGUAAUUAGUUUUUAUUGUAAGGACAUUUGUAAAUAAAUGACAUUAGAUGUAUAGCAGUAUGCCAAUAUAAAUUAUUCAAAUACUUUAUAAAUUAAUUCCUUAAUUAUUUUGGGUUAUAGAAUCACUACAAAAACAAGUACAAAUAUAAAUUAUUCAAACCAUUAGCUUAAAGUUUUUAGUUAAGUUAACGUGACAUAAAGGUCAUAGAUUCGAAUCUCAUCACCUCUCAUAUCAAGUGGAAUCUUUAGCAUUGUAUAUAAAGAGAGCCUAUGGCACAUUCGCUACUCUACCUCAAAGUGUUCUCAUGUACGAAGGUGAGAUAGGAGAGUGACUCAAUAAGAAGGGUAUUCAAAUGAAAUGGAUAAGAGACAUUCUACACCAUUGGUUUGAAUGAGAAAAAAAUCUAUGGACACAAUCGAGUCAAAAACA